UCUCUCUCUCUCUCUCUGUGUUUCUUUCAUCCCCAGGUUAUGCCACUGAAGGUCUCUUCUGUCACUGUGGAAUGAAAAGAAUGGAUGUCACUGAGCUUGCCUAUGGGAUCCUCUUUCUGUUCCAGAUCAUCUUUGGGGUCUCAGGGAAUGUAUUCCUCCUCGUGGUUUAUGCACAUGUGGUCUCCACCAUCCAUCAGCUGAAUCCUCGGGACCUGAUCCUCGCCCAUCUGGCCCUGGCCAACACCAUGGCCCUUCUCAGCCAAGGGAUCCCUGACAUCCUGUCAGCUUGGGGGCUGAAUAAUUUCCUGGGUGAUGCUGGUUGCAAAAUCCUCUUAUACAACUAUCGAGUGGCCCGGGGUCUUGUCAUCUGCACCACCUGCCUCUUGAGCGUCUUCCAGGCCAUAACCAUCAGCCCCGGCCUCUCCCAGUGUGUGGGAGUCAAAACCCAAUUCCCCAAGUGCAUCCUCCCCUCCUGCCUCCUCUCCUGGGUCUUCAAUCUGCUGUUUGACAUGACUACACCGAUGUUCAUCUCGGGACCCGGAAACAGCACCGGCAUAAAUAGAGUCAUCCUCCUGAAAUACUGCUCUUCCAUCAGUAUCAGUGCAGUCACAACCCUGGUCAAUGCAGUAGUGCUCUCCCUCCAUGACAUGUUCUUCGUGGGGCUCAUGAGCGUGGCCAGUGGUUACAUGGUGUUUGUCCUGCACAGACACCACCGGCAGGGCCGACACCUCCACGGGCCCGGAUGCUCCCCCAAGGUGAUGCCCGAGGUCAGAACAGCAAAGCGAAUCAUUGCUCUGGUCACCCUCUAUGUCCUCCUCUAUGGACGGAACACAGUCAUGCUGUGUUUUAUUAAAUGUGCAGAAACAUUCCCCGCUCAUUCUUAAAAGCCACAACAUUAUGUCCUUCACUUUUUCAGCUGUCAGUCCAUUUCUGAUGAU